CGCUGCCUAGCUGUGAGUUUCAGGAGUCACAAUCAUGACUACAGCCACAGAUAACUUUGAGAGGCUACGCGCAGUCGGCCUCUCGGAAAAAUACUCCACCUCGCGGCAUCCCCUGGGUUUCUAUUUAAAUGUUGCGUUUUCAGCAAAUUAUACGGUCCCAGAAACAUUCACGCUCCCUCUCAAGGACUACGUUUAUAGGGCUGUUGAGACGUUGAUAAAUCAACAUCCCAUCCUUUCUGCAAUACCCCUAGACGAAGAUACUAAGGAUCCUUACUGGGUGCGACUCCCGGAGAUCGAUCUUAGCCAACCAAUUUCCUUUCAAAAGGCUGCGCAGACCUUGUCACUAGACGAAAAUGACGGCGAAUUGCAGUCCAUUCUUGAAGCCCAACAUGGAAUCGGUUUCACGGCGCCGUCCCCGUUCUGGCGGCUUCUCAUCUUGACUGAGGAUGAUGAAGCUAGGCGUUUUACUGCAGUCUUUGUAUACCACCAUGCACUCGGUGACGGCACCUCUGGAAAAACAUUCCAUCGGUCGUUUCUGCAGGCUUUGCGUGGAGCUGUAUCUUUACAACCGGAUGAAGCUAAGCAAGUGGUUCCCUCACCAAAGACACCCCUCUUACCCAACCUAGAGGCCGUCCAUCCGCUUCCCAUCUCUAUCCGCUACCUUCUCAGGAUCGCGUUCAAGGAAUGGGUGUAUUCCAAGCCAGAUCCCAAACUAUGGGCAGGUGGCCAAUUCCAGGUUCCGUUGAAAACAAAUAUCCGGUUCCUUGUCCUGACAGCCGCUCAGACGUCGGCUUUCGUCAAGGUUUGCCGCGAACACAACACGACACUCACAUGUGCGCUCUAUACGGCCAUCGCUCGCUCAAUCUUUGCUCAUGUUCCCGAGAAAUUCACCCGCGUCACGGGUAGCAUACCAAUCACCCAACGCCCUUGGCUUCCAGAUACAAUUACGGAAGAUUCAAUGGGCGUUUAUGUGCAGGAGCUCGGGGAGUCUUUUUCGCGCAAGGCAGUGACCGGGAAGACUUUCCCGUGGAGCGAAGCGCAGCGGGUUCGGAAGUCGGUCAAGAAGGAAGUUGCGCUGGAGAGCAAGAACACUUCUGUUGGCCUUUUCAAAUACGUUAAAGACUACCGGAAGGACUUGUGCGAGUCCAAGAUUGGCAAAGAGAGAGGAUCAACGUUUGAAGUGUCCAGUCUUGGUGUCGUGAAGGCGGAGAAUGCGGAUGACUCGUCCAUUCCGCAGAUGGGUAGGGUUAUCUUCACCCAAUGCGCGAGUGUCACGGGUGCUGCUCUUGGUUUCUCUGUCAUCACUGGCCCAGAUGGGUGUUUGACGUUGGGAAUUUCGUGGCAACAGAACGUCGUGGACGAUGAUAUAGUGCAAUCUGUGAUCGAUACGCUCAAGAAGGAGCUACACCAGAUUUCUGGCUGAUUGAAGCUGACAUGUAUAUAAUUACAAUAAUGUUUAAUAGACCCGUAUAUACUUAAAUAGAAUUAAUCCAUCUUAC